UGGCGCCGCAACACGGAGCUGCGCUUCUGCGCAACAGGUGAGACGCAGGUAACGCGGAAACGAGACCAAACGAAAGCACAGAAUCCCAGGUGCAGCGAUGGCUCAGCAGGACCUGCAGCAGGACUUUCAGAACCAGUUUAACGAUGUCGUGAGCAGACUGCAGUCGAAGCAGCUCUUUCAGUCGGACUGGGACAUCGCCUCCUUCGCCAUCUUCUUCAUUUUUAUAGGUAUGGUGCUGCUGCUGGUCAUUCUGGUCAUCAUUCGAUGCUGCUGCUGUUGCUGCUGCGAUGAAAAGCCUAAAAGACGUAAGGUGGGCAUCGACAACAUGGCACUGGAACCAUGAAGACCAGGAUCAGGAUCAGGAUCAGGAGUCAGACUCAAUCAGCUUCAACACUAAAUUUCAAUCAUAUUACUUUAAACUAUUUUUUUACUCUUAAAUUGUGCCACAUGAUAAUGCUGAAUGUUUUAAAGUGAGUUAUGAAUAAGGGGCGUAUGUAAACCGUCUGGAUGUAAACAGGUGGAGUUCUGAAAUGUAAAUAUUGUCAUGAAGGUGAACAAACACAUCUCCCAAAUCCUCUUCAUCAUCUCUCGGUUCAAUAAGCCAAUAUUGUCUGCACUGUAGGACAUGAAGGGUAAAUAUUUACAGAGUUUAGUACUGUUGAUUUUUUUUCUGAGACUUUUAAUGUGUAAACAAAUCUAACACUUAUGUAAACGAAUGUAAUAGGUCUUUCUGUCAUAGAAUUAUUUAUGAUUUAAUAAAAAUUAAAUAUUGAGAAACUGCA